AUGAAGAAAGGAAAUAACGGUAAUUUUAGUAUGGCUCGUAAUUGCGAAUGCAAAAAGAUAGAUAAUGAUGAUAUGGUAUCAUCCACGAGAUAUUCCAACAAAUUUGGCGAGAAAUUUAAUUUGAUUUCUUGUACAAAAUUGUUUGCGCUGGGCAUGUUAUUUUUGAUAUGCAAAAAUUGUGACAAUAGCACGCAAACUACAUCCGCAUACCAAGAAUACCAAUAUAAUGGUUUGAUUUUAGGAAAAAGCAGAAUAUUAUCAGAGUUGGAUCAAAAUAAAGAUCAAAAUUUAGGUUAUAAAACACAAAGUUAUGAAGAUUCUUCGACUGAAAAUGCAUCAACCUCAUAUAUGUCAACAUUAAAAACUGAUGAAGAAAGUAAUACGGCGGGCGAAGAUAGAAAAGAAGAUAACAAUGAUGCAGCAUUCAUUGGAAAAAAAUCAACUGAAAAAAAACCUCACAUUGAUAGAAUAUCUUCCACUUUAAAUCCAGAAUCCACUGACAGAAGAAAAUCUUCUGAUGAACAAAAGUCUUCUAACGAUAAAAACAUAUUUAAAGAUGUUGAUGAUCUAAUAAAUGGCAUCAAAUCACGUUAUCAAGACAUCACCAAUAAAAUAAAAUCACCUGAAUUCCAAAACGAAUGUAAAGGUUAUAUAAAUGUCGCAAAAGAAAUGAUUGAAGAUCAUAGAAACCAUGCUAUGAGAUUUGUAUCUAGAAAUUUAAAUUCUUUAGGUAUUGAUCAAAUAUUCAACGAUGAGCAUGGUGGCUAUGCGUUCCUUGCAAAAAUUAUGUUAACAAAAGUCUUUGUUGAUAAUUUGUUCGUCCCAAAUUUCUUAAAAAAUAACUCAACAAUACUUUCAACUAUAGUUUACUUUUUAAUAAUAAGUUUCAUCGUAAGCAACUAUCUUGAUGCCACUCAAAAUAAUGAAAGAGAAAGAAAAAAUUUGAAUAAAUCUAACAUAUUUUGUAGAGCAAAACCUAUGUGA